AUGACCCAAUGGACAGGUUUCCCUUAUCCGCUGGAGGCCCUGAGGAUCAUCUCAGCGCCUAUUCAGGCCUCAUCUCACUCUUCGCUUGGUCUGAUCACCCUUCAGGACCGUCUUGUCGAACAUCCUUCCUAUACCUUGGCUCACGUGACGCUUACCCAUUCCGUCAUUCAACAAUGGCUCUCCGGCGUAAUCAGCGUGGCGAAAGCUGAUGAGGCAUGCUUUGCGGAGUCUCUGACCACUUAUUUGGAAUGGAAACUAAACGAAGAGCUACACAUCGUGAAUAAGACUCGUGCAAGUGAAAUAGAAUCGAUUCGGCCACAAGAUCUCAGUACUGAAGGCAAGGACGAGACACGAAUGCUGCGAUCACUGGAGAUGAUCCACUCAUGCCCAGAGCGGUUGAUAUCGAUUUUCUAUACGGUUGAAGAGACUUUUGGACAGGACACCGUGAAAAACAUUUUAAGACAUAUGUUCCGCAAUUAUGCGUACUCUGCUGUCACCGUUGCCGACUGGCAACGAGCUGCAGUCGAAGUCACCGGAAAUGAAAAUGCCGGAAAGAUGUUGGAGGAGUGGUUUUCACGGAAAACCCGGCCAGUCAUAAAAAUGACCGUUACAACGCGAGCGAUUCAAUUUGAGCAAAUGACUGACGACCUCUGGACUGUCCCGUUGGAAAUCGCCGGUUCGUCAGGUAUACAACUGGUCGCAGUCACAGAAAAAUCAACUCUUCUACCGUAUAUCUCGAAUGAUUACGUUAUUGCUGAUCCGCGAAGGAAAUCCACUGCCAUGGUUGUGUAUGAUGUGGACUCUUACAUUCGAAUGAUUCGUUGCUGGGAUGACACCAGAUGUCCAGCCAAUCGCGACGCUGUACGAGGCAUUCUAAGAGAUCUGGUAGCCGUAAUGCUCACCGACCGAUUACCACCACCUGAACUCAUGGACAUCCCCAAGUGGAAAGCCGUUUUCAAGUUCUCUCGGCAGAACCGUAUCUUGAACGGCAACGCGGCCUGUUGUGCUCAGUACGCAAUUUCACGUACUGCGGACAUCGCUUGCACGUGGGUGGUUCGCGACACAUGCGAGAAGAUUCGCCUCUUCAAUACGAUUGCCACCUCCGGUGUCUAG